AUGCCAUGCCGAGCUUGUGGCCAGUCAAGCCUCGACGAAGGAACAAGUCUCAACCCGAAGCUCUGGCUUUGGCUGGCAACUUUUGGGCAUGUUGAUGGACAAGAUGUCCAUGAAGCCUUUGAACAUCGUGGGCAGUUUUACAAGCCGUCUUUGGCUCAGCUGGGAUCGUGCGAGCACCUCGACUACCCCUUUCGAGAGCAAGCAGUUGCGUUCGACACCAGUCGCCGCAGCGAUUGUUCCUUUGCCACAGGGGAUUCCAUCUACUGCAAGCUGCAGAGGGCAGCUGGACGGACAUGCAGCCCGAUUGAGAAGGCCCCCGGCACGACAUGGGCGUCAAACAAGCCUACUUUGCAUCGGAUUUCCGAUGAUUCCUCCCAGAUAACAUCGCGCCGGCCCAUGACACAAGUGCUCGUCAAAGUCACGAAGGCACGCCGAAGCCCAGCGCUCGCGAGGGCGCUGUCGGAGUUGGGCUUCUCGGUCCUGAAACAACUCCCAGAGCACCACAAGCUCCUGGUGGCUGCCCCACCCGGCCCGUGGCUGUCGCGAAUCCGCGGCUUAGGAGGUGUCGAAAGGGUCCACGUGGCUACGCUCGUGGCCGACACCUGGGACGAUUUUUGCCGCGAAGUUCAAGAGGUGGACUGGCUGCGGCAGCUAGAGCUCCGGCGAGCUGCCGGACAGGAUGCCUUUCCCUCGGAAAGAGGCGAGGUGCCGCGCUACUUCGUCCGGGCGCGUACCCGUGGGAAGAAUGCAGCCACCCAGGCCGCAAGUAGAUCCUCUGCUGCUUCUGAGCUCCAGCUUUCCAGUGUCAAUGUCCUCGAAGACGCCCUUCGCAGCUCCUUGAAGUGCGGCCUUCCGCAGGCUCAGCCAGCAGCCUCCCUGCAGGAUGCAAACCUGGUGGUCUGGCUGUCCGCUGGCCGGAGUGUUGUCUGCGGUUUGCCGGUGCUUUUUCGCAGAAGUUCCGCACCAAACUUGCCGUUCUGGGGCCUUCACCGUUCCGUGGCAUUCGCACUGGGAGCGGCGGCGAAGCUUCGGGAGGGGGAGCUGGUUCUGGAUCCCUUCGCUGGCCGCGGUGCGCUGCUCGCAGCUCUCGCACGGCGCUGGCCGAGUCGAUUCCUAGGUUUCGAGUUGGACCCGACCCGAGUCACCGAAGCUGAGGCCAACUUCCAGGCCACCGGUCUCCGGGACCUGGCCGAGGUCCGCUGCGCCGAUGCACGACAGCUUCCGCUGUCGGAUGCCUCUUUGCCAGCACUGGACGUCUGGAAGGACUCCGUCGACGUCGUUGUCUCGGAUCUUCCCUUCGGCCGUAAGUACGGCAGCGUGGAGGACAACCGCAGCCUCUAUCCCGCAGCUUUCCGGGAGGUUGCGCGAGUGCUCCGUCCGGGCGGUCGUGGUGUCGUAGCUACUGGAGACGAGAGUGCCGAGAUAUUGGACUCGGCCCUCGCUGCCGCUGAUCUUUGCCGUGUGGGCGCCAUGCCUUUCGCCUUCGGAGGCAACAGCGACGAUGCAGGUUGCAAAGCCGUUUGCUUUGCAAAAGGCUGUGGGGAGAGGGAGCUCUUCGACUGGAGCCUCGCCGAAGCGGAGGGCGACUGGCAGCGCAAAUGGCGUUUUGCAGAGACCGUGCCGAAGCCCUGGUCUGAAUCCGGCAAGUUAAAAGGAAAAGACAUGGUAGCAGUCUUGCGUGGUGUGGGUCGUGACAUGAUGCCAGCACUUUCGAGAGCGGACGACCUGUUGCGGAAUGUCGGGGCGGGACAGUGCAUGAUCUGCAGCGGGUCUGUGAGGAGCGAGCUUGUCUCUUUGCCCUGGACUGCAAGGCCCAGCCUCCCCGCCGGCCCGAAAGAAGAGGAAAGCCGGCGGCACCAGAAAGAAGGUGGCUGCGAGCUUGAAGCGACUGCGUCAGAUCCCAAAGAGCCAGGCGCUCCGGACAGUGAGCAGGUGGAGGUCAGCCAGCUCGACUUGAACAGUGGGGAUGCUGAAGUUAUUUGGAUCAUGGGUUGGUUAGUCUUAGUUCGUGGAGAAUACCUUGCAAAUGUGGCCGUCUCCGUCGUCGAAGACUCGGAGGAUGCAGCAACCCUGUGGAGAGAGCUGGAGGAGGGCUUCUUGCCCAUGCUCCAGGAGUACGAGGAGAUUUCGCCUGAGUUGGCGAGCUCGAUUUGCGAAAAGGUCAUUGAGGACAGUGACGAGUUUCUCUGCCGCGUGCCGAAUCACGGCCCGAACCUCCUCCUGAUGUAUGGGGGCAGUCCUGAGCCCCUGUUGAAGGGGGCACAGCUCGAGAUCAGGCGGGGUCAUCGCUAUGGUGUGGUGGGUAGCAAUGGCUCUGGAAAGACGACGCUCAUGGCCAGGUGGGAGAUCACCGAAAGGACCCUGUCUGUGCCUGCGGGUGGUUUUCAGCCACCAAAAGACUUCUCCAGGCUCGCCAGCAAAGAUCUGAUGGGCCUUCCGGAGGUGCGCGACUACGUGCUGCAGCGAAAUGUCGGGGAAGGUGCAGCAUCUGAGGAGGUCUCUUUGCGGGGCUCAAGAUCAGUGGCAUUCAAAGCUUUCAGCUGCCUGGUUGCCGGGAGAAGGGAGACCCAAAUGGGUGAUCAUGGAACUUCCGGGUCCUUGGUCCCUGUCCUCGCCGUUCCGUUCGUGACCACAUGGCAUACAUCUCAGAAAGCCGUUAGGACAUGGCCCAAGCACUUCGCGACAUGGGCUUCGAGCGAGAGGCACGUUGAGCAUCCUGCGGGCAGGCCUGAGCACCCUGCCAAGCACAACAGCUCCUACGCACUAGACCAGCGAAAGCAGCAGAGAACGAACUGCCCUGUCGAGGAGCAGCUUGGGCAGGCCGUGCUCGCCCUGAGCGGCGGUUGGCAGAUGCGCCUCGCACUGGCCUGCGCUGUGGCUCGAAAAGCCAAUUUGCUCUUGCUUGAUGAGCCCACGAACCAUUUGGACGUAGAAGGCGUCCAAUGGUUGGUGGAUUUCAUCAAACGGACUUGUCAGAGUGAGGAUUCCGACGGUUCAGGGCAGGUUGUGAAACAAUGGAACUUCUGGCACAGAACAGCCAUUCGGGAAGCCUUGAAGGGGAGCGUGGUUCGCUCCCGGCACGAAAUGACGAAGUCAACGUGGGUCAAGGGCGCUGCUUUGAUCGUUUCGCACGACCCCGAUUUUCUGGACCGCGUCUGUACCGAGCCUCGCUUCUUCUACGACGUCGUCCACUUCUCGCCGAGCAACCAGAAAGGAAAGCUGGCGUACUACCCCGGAACUUUCUCCGCUUUCAAGGCUGAGGGAGGAAACUGUCCACGAUUGGCUUUUAUUGUCUUCGUGGGUCGUUCCAGCUCCUGGGCAUCUGCUCUCAAUGGAGAUGAUGCCGAGGCAGAGCGGCUGCUCGAAACUGCCGAAAAGGCUGCCCCGGAUCGACCAGGCAUCGGCUUGGGACCGAACGAUGGCAAUCGCAUGGCCUUUCCCAUCCCCGAAAAGAUCGGGGACACGUGCGCUGAGCGCAAGGCAAGUUCCGAAGUUACUGCCCUGAGAACUCAUAAGACCUUGGCAGAACACUCAGAUCAGGCUCCGGUCGUGACUCUGGAGAAGGCUUCCUUCAAGUACAAAGGUUCAGCCAGUCCGGUCCUGCACGAGAUUUCCGCCGAGCUCGGGAUGGCGAGCAGAGUCGGAUUCUCGGUUCGGCGAGAUUUGGGUCUCGGGCCGCAGGUUGGCAUUGUGGGCAAAAACGGCUCAGGAAUGCUUCACAGAAACUCUUGGACAGUCACCGUCAGGCUUUUAGCUCUGCUGGCUGGCCGGCUGGAGCCCAGUGAGGUAGACGGCCGCAGAGGGAGGCUUUCGUGGCACAAAGACUUGCGACUGGCCUACAUUGCUGCUCGACUCGAGACUUGGUCACGGGUGCCCGGGAGCUUCCUGGCCUUCGCAAGUGCAGGCAAGACUUGCAAUAGGCACAGCAUUCCCUCGUGCACCUGGGGACACUUGCCUUCUCGGCUUUCGGACGACCGCGGGCCGAGCUAUGUGGACAAGACCCCGCUCGAGUACAUGCAGGCUCGCUUCCGCCGAGGCUUCGACGAGGAGACGCCAAUCGACGACAAGACCAAGGCCAAGGAGAAGGACCGGGAAUACCUCUACGAGGUGAAGUGGAAGGAGUUGAGCCCCGCCGAGAACAGCUACGAGUCCGUGAGCAGGCUCGAAGGGAGCCGAUGUCAAAGUAUCAACCCUCGGCAGAGUGCUUGGGAGGCGCUGAAGCUCGUGCAGGACCUGGAUGAUCGAAUCUGGACAGCCUGGGCAGGAAGCCAGCAGCGACCUUUGACGGAUCGCGAGAUCCUCUCGCAUCUGGAGCCGUUUGGGCUGGACGAGGAUGUGGUCUGCAGCCGCAAGAUCUCCAUGCUGUCCUCUGGCCAGAAGUGCAAGCUGGCGCUUGGCGCCGCCUUCUGGACCAGGCCCCACGUCGUGUGCCUCGACGAGCCGACGAACUACCUAGAUACGGAGACGGUCGAGUUGCUGAAGCGCGCGAUCCGAACCUUUCGUGGAGGCUGCGCCGCUGUUUCGCACAGCGAGAAAUUCGUCGAAGAGGUGUGCGACGAGAUUUGGACCGUCGAUGAAGCAAACCUCCAGGAUCAAACGCAGAGCAUCACACUGCUGAAGAAUCGUUUCUUCUGGGAGGAGGCCUUGAGAGUGUUUCUCCUCGCCGGCAAUGCUGCAGAUGUGAUCAGCUUCAAUGCCGCACUCUCUGUCUGUGAGUGGAGUCGGCAGUGGGAGCAGGCUUUGUCACUGCUGGUGGCAGCAGCCGACUCGGAUGUGGUGUCGUACAACACGGUCGUCUCUGCUUGUGCCAAGAGCAGUGCCUGGGUGCAUGCGCUGUUGCUUUUGUGGGAGGACCUGCUGGGAGGUGGGAGCAGAACAACUGCUGACAUCAUUUCCUUCAAUGCGGGCAUCAGCGCUUGCGAGAAGGCUGCAAAGUGGGAACUGGCCCUGGAGCUGGUGCAGGCUUUGCUGCUGCAGGGCUUGCAAGCAGACAUUUUUACUUGGAAUGCGGCUCUCAGCGCGUGCGCUAGCGCGGGCAACUGGGAACAGGCUUUCGAGGUGCUGAACUCCAUGCAACUCGCACACCUGCGGGCCGAUGCAGUGAGCUGCAGUGCAGCCGUUACGGCAUGCGCCGGCGCUUCCCGUUGGGACUUGGCCUUGCAUCUGUUUUUCUCUAUGCGAGGUGCAGCCGACCACAUCGCCUGGAACACCGUCGUCGCUGCAGUGACGACAUGGGAACUUAGCCUGCAGCUUCUGCAGGAGAUGGACCAGGCCAAGUUUGAGCCCGAUGUUGUCGCCUUCUCCUCCGUCGUGGGGUGCUGUGCGGAGGACUCCAGCGCCGACUCUUGGCUGGCAGCUUUGGAGAUUCUCCAAAACCUUGGAGCGCAGCGUUUGUCACCCAACGAGGUGACGUACAGCGCGGCCAUCACUGCCUUGGGAAGGGCGCAGCAGUGGCAGCGAGCCUUAGAAACUCUUGCAGUUGCGACAACUGCUGGAGCUGCCCCCGUAGCAGUGUGGAAUGCUGCGAUCGAUGCAUGCGAGCGUGGCGGCAAGUGGGAACAGGCGCUUCAACUGCUCGGUGAGCUCGAGGUAAACUCAGGAGCGCCCGCCGCCGAUUUGAUAUCGUUCUGCUCAGCGACAGGCGCCUGCGCUGUAGCAGCGGAGUGGCAGAAGGCCAGCGGCCGCUUGCAAAGGUUCUGUGUCAAGGCGUUUCGGCUUCCAGCGCUGCCCUCGCGAGUUUGGCUUUCAAGCAAUGGUGGUGGCGAUGGACACCGCGACAUUGCGAAGCUGCCCCGUUGCGACUUGCCACUGGCAUUGGCAGUGGAAGUGGGGGGAGAACUGGUGCUGAUGCUAGCAGUUAUCAUCGGUGGUGGUGCUGGAUGUGCUAAAGUUGCGACUGCGGCUGGGCAAGCCAAAGACUUCAGCCGUUGCCCGGCCGCGCAGGGAGGCGAGCCAGGUGCCAAUCUCUACGAGGCAUGGGUUCGAAAUUCCUUGGCCAAGAGAGUCACAAUGGCACCCGACAUCGGGGGCCGGGCCCUCUGUUCCCUGCAGCUGCUGCAACAUGUUCUCGAGCCCAUGGUGAAGUGCGCCAGCGUCACAAGCUCCGAGCACUUCACCGUGCAGGAGAUCUGUCUCACGCAAGCCAACUUCUUCCGAUGCUUGCAGCAGAUCUACCCUAACAUCAAGGCAACCCUGAUCGUCCGUUGCUGGAAGCUCCUCUGCACGUUGCCAAGUGUCCUAGUGAAAGCGCUGCGGGCCCCUCCUGCUUGGAGGCCGUUCUUCUGGUCUAGCUGGUUCUGGAUGGCAUCACUGCCAUUGCGAACUCGACAGCUGCCUGCGGAGGCGGAAGAAAUCAAUGUGGAAAGCAACCAGGACCCCCGUAUUGCCACUAUCCAGCCACUUUUCCGUGGCUGCCACCAGCUGGUGGAGAUCGCCUGUCGUUUUGCUUUGGACCGGGCAGCCAGCGCGGCUGAAGAGGAGAAACCAGCUAAGGCCUUGAUGGAGGGGGCGCAGCUGCUCCAGGCCAUGGCCCAGGUCCUGAACAUCCUGGCACAGCUCGAUGUUUGCGCAUACCAGGAGUAUCGUCCGGCAUUGAAGGGCACCAGCGGCGGCGAUAGCAUUGCCCUGCGACAGCUUACGAGGCUUUGCAGAAGUCUUCAAGUCACAGGCGACGAAAUGCGCGUGCGCGGUUCCGCGGGUCGAGACUUGCUGAACGCCGUGCAUUCCUUCCAGUACGGCAUAGGCCUCUUUUGGUCCGCGCACCUUGGCCUGGCCGUGACGUCCAAUGGGAUCGACACCACAGGUACAGCUGGCCUUUCCAUCAGGCAGAUGUUCGUCCACUUGGAGAGCGUCCUCAAUUCCCGCUUCAGCCAGUGGAUUCCAAGGUUCGCCGCCGGAUGUCCCACGCAGAGCAAGUGGGUUUGGUUGGCCGGUGCUGCCAAGGAGGUUGGUGAGGCCAUCUUCGACAGCCUGGGCUGCGAGGCUGUGCCACCCCCCUUGCCAACUCCAAGCAAGGACGGUCCAGAGAAGCUCUUUGAGGACCGUUGGUCGCGAGACUUCCGCUCCUUCUCCAUGGCCCCUCCUUUGAAGGCCGAGCUUGUGAACUCUCAGCAGCUCUUCAUCGACCACAUCUCCAGGCUGGACCUCGGCUACUUCUACAGCCAGGUGCUGCCUGAGUUUCGCGACACUGUCAGGGAUCUGUUGCAUCUCGACUCUCGUGCAGCAAUCGGAACGAGUGCUAACCUCAGCGAGUCACUGUCCAGGGUACUGCUGGCACUGGCACAGCGCGAGAGGCAUUUGAGUGAUUCAGGCGAUUGCGUGGUCAUAUCUGGAUCAGCCGAUUUCCUCUCCAUCCGCUCAUUGUGGAGGAUCUUGGCCCAUGCAAACUGGAAGCGCGUGGAGGUGGAGCAGUCUGGUGACGACCAGGCGGCGCCGUUCCUGGAGGCCAUCGAGCAACGAGCACGAAACGUGCGGCUGGUCCAUGUCACAGCGGUGUCCUCGGUGGGGCAAAUCGCGAUGACCUCCAGCGAGCUCAAGGCCAUCGUCAUGGCUGCCCGUGCUGUGGGUGCGGCCGUCAUUGUGGACAUUUGCCAGGCGUUUUGCAACAUCGACUACGAUUUUGCAUCGAUCAUGGGAGGUGAGCUCGGCGACGUGUUCCUGAUGGGCUCCUGCAUGAAGCACGGCCGCUCGCUGGAGGGCCUGGGCUUCUGUGCCUUCGACCCGGCAUCCUCCCUCAGGCCGUGGCUGUCGCCGGGAUGGUGCGCUGACCUCUCGGCCAUACAGACACCGAUGGAGGACCCGGAGCUCGCCGAUGCCUUUGGUGCUAUGGAGGGCGGGACGGUAGCGAAUGCCGUCCACACGGAGCUCUUCGUGAAGCAGCAGAGGUAUCUCCACAAAUCUGGAAUGGGCGUGAAGGCCAUAAAUCGAUAUGUGCUCCAUCUUCAAGAAAGCUUCUUAUCGAGGCUGGGAGUCUCCCUCGAAGGCGAGACGAUUGCUGGGGAGGUGGUCGGCUGGACAAGGCGGCAAAACGACGAGGUGUCCAAAGCUCUGACCCUGCGCAGCGGUCGUGCCAGCCAACUCGCCCAAGCGUUGCAAGAGAAGGGCUUCCAGUGUGAUUCUCGACAUGGGAGCUACUUGCGACUCGGUUUCGACAUCUGCCACUCAGAGGCCGAUGCAGUGGCACUAGCCGAUGCUGUGAGGCAGGUGGCGAGGCGAAGAGACCCACGCGGUGUUUGCCCAGCAGUUGCACGAGACAGAGAAGCACGAAGUGAGCCAUCAUGCGCCCGACAGCUCUGUUUCUUCGGAACCUCCGAGCCUGUAGUGAGCUUACUGUUCCAAUGCAGAGCCCGGCAUUUUGCACACAAGUUCAUCAGCCCAGAGCCAAAACCCUCAGCAACAGCAGCAGCAGCAACAACGGCAGCAGUAGCAGUAGCGGUCGCAUUAGCGGUCGCAUUAGCGGUCGCAGUUCUAGCAGCAGCAGUGGUAGAAGUGGCAGCAGCACGAGCAGCAGCAACAGCAUGA